AUGACGAUUACCCAGGAGCUCUCCUCAUGGUUCUCCCCAUCACAUAUUGAAAUAGCUCCAGCCCUCAAAAUCGGCGAUAAAGCUCCAUCUUGCCCGGAGCUGGCAUUUCCAACAGAAUCAAGAAAGCCAACCAUUAUCACAUUCCUUCGACACUGCGGAUGUCCAGUUUCCGAAGUAGCAUUCCUUACCAUGCGGAAAGCAGCUGCUGAACAUCUCGAUAUAAACUUUGUCGCUAUCUCUCACAGCAAUCAACAGUCUACAGAUAAAUGGCUAGAGGCAGUCGGGGGCCCUAAAGAAGGCACUUCUUCAGAAUCAGUGACUGUAAUCGUUGAUGCAGAGCGUAAUAUCUAUGCGAAGUGGGGCUUAGGCACCGUUUCCUGGGGCCAUCUAUUUAGUCCCGGUGGACUACUUGCGGUAUAUAAAAUGGGCAAAGAUCAAGGGGUUUGGAAUAGGCCCACCGAAAGUGGAAGUAGGUGGCAAUCUAGUGGGAAUUGGGCUGUCGAUGGGGAGGGCUACGUGCGCUGGGGUGGACCAGCGACAAGAGUGGAUGAAGUAGUAGAUAUUGCGGAGGUAAUGGAUGCUUUGAAAAGUACUUGA